AUGGGCCGCGGCGCCGCGGUCGGGACCUCGCUCCCCCCCGGCGGGAGCGCGCGCGGCGCGGGCGCGACCACCACGUCGCGGUACGAGACGUUGGCGCCUCCGACGAUGACCGCGCGAUACGAGCGCGUGCAGGUCUGGGGCAUCGACUGCCCGGAGCGGCUCACGUGGCGCGGAGGGACGUGGGAGCCCGGCGGGGAGUACGUCCGCACGAUCGCGCUGAAGAACGUCAGCACGAAGACGCUCAAGCUCAAGUACCGCAUGCCGAAGACGAAGUACUUCGAGCUCGAGUUCCCUGAGGUCAUCACGCUCUCGCCCGGGAUGAGCGCGAGCGUGGACGUGACGUUUCGCCCGAUCAAGACGGAACAGUACGAGGACUUCGUGGAGUUCAAAGUCCGCGGAAUACACCCGGAGCCGCACGACACGUUUCGAGUCGCGAUCGCGGCGCUGCUGCCGGUGACGUCCGUCGCGCUCGCGCCCGCGGUCGACCUCGGCUACGGCGCGGUGCGCGAGCGCAUCGCGAAAGACUUCGCGUUCGUCAACGACGGCGACGAGCCGUUCGAGUACGAGUGGAAGAUCCCGUCGCCGUGCGCGUUCGCGCUGAGCCCGCUGACCGGGCGUCUGAAGCCGGGCGAGACGGGGAUGGCGCGCGCGGAGUUCACGCCCGAGGACGCGAGCGUCUCGGUGCUGCGCGCGGCUCUCGUCCUCAACGGCGGCGUCGCCGCGUCCGAGACGAAGAUCAGCGCGGUGGGGAAGUUCCCGUACGUGCGACUGUCCGAGCGCGUGGUUGACUUCGGCGACGUCGUCGUGGGCAAGACGACGGAGUUGUGCGUGUGGCUCGUGAACCAGAGCGUCGUCGGCGCGUCGUACGCGAUCGAGCGCGUCGCGGACGACGCGCUCCACGACCACGUGUUUCGCGUGGGUUCGAAAAACGGCAGGCUGUGGGACGGCGCGGAGGGGAGGAUCGACGCGAGCGGCAAGGAGAUGAUCAAGCUCGUGUACACGCCGAGCGUGCCCGGGAUGUUCAGCACGGAGACGUUCAAGUUCAUCACCCCGGGGGGGAACGUCGCGGUGCUGCUCUUGAAAGGGACGGCGAUCGGGCCGAAGGUUUCGCUGAGCCUACACAAGAUCAACUUCAACUCGGCGGAGAUCGGGAAGACGCCGACGCGCACGGUGCAGAUCGAGAACGACAGCGACGUGAGUUGCCACUGGCAGAUCAACUCGGAGACGCUGGGCGUCUUCUCGCUCGACGCCGACCGGGGCGUGAUCCCCCCGAAGUCCGCCGCGACGGUGACGGUGACGUUCACGCCAAUCGAGUGCGCCAACUAUCACAAACGCGUCGUCGUGACGCUCCGCGACGCGCCGCCGCUCGCGUUCGACGCGGUCGGCACGUCGUACGACUCCAAGCGGCGCCCGGCGCCCAUGUACCUCUCGCACGUCGAGGCGUACCGCGCGCGGUGCGCGCUGGGGCUGAUAUCCCCCGGGCAGCCGCCGAUUGCGGGCGACAGGGAGCCGUACGAGGAGGAGGUGGCGGCGCAAGAAGCCGCGGCCGCGCCGCCGUCGGACACCUUCGGCUCGCUGUUCGAGCCGGACGCGCACUGCGGCGUGUCCCUGGACGUGACCGACCUCGACUUCGGCGCGUGCAGCACGACGCGGCUGGUCGAGGCGAAGACGGUGGUCCUUAGGAACGAUACCCCGCAGAAGCUCGUCGUGUUUUGGGGCGGGCAAGAGCACUUCGCGACGGGCGACACCUCGGCGAAGACCCAAGACGCGAUGGCCGAGUCCGCGGCCAGGUGGCCGUACGCGGUCACCCCCGACGCCGCGGACGUCCGACCGGGCGAGACGCAGGAGUUUAAGGUCACGUUCCGUCCGUCGAUGGACAACCGGUACUACACGAGGCAGCUCGAGUGUUUCGCGUACGUGAAGACGAUGCGGUCGUUUCGGCAAGUCACCGCGGAUAAUUUCGUGCCGCCGUGGACGACGACGCUGCGGGCGAACGGGCACACGUUCCGCGACGCGCGCGCCAUGUUCGACGCGUUCAUGCCCAAGUGCCACUUCUCCUGCCGCGGUGGGCGGCUGUUUUCCCCCCCCACCGUGCGCGGCGAGCGCGCGUAUCUCACGGUGGCGCUGAUCAACGACGGCGACACCGCGGUGGGCUUUGAGUUUCCGACGAAACGCCCGGACGCGACGGAGGGGGAGAACGCGUCCGCGGCGGCUGCCGCGUCGCCGCUGCGAUGCUUCCCGAGCAAAGGUCACGUCAUGCCGCACUCGCACGCGCUCGUGACGUUCCGGUUCGACGCGCGCGACACGCGGCAGCACGUCGAGAGCAUCGCGUGCUCGCUCAACGGCAGCGAGAAGAACGUCCUCGUGUUGAACGCGCGCGCGCAAGGGUUCGUCCCGAGCCUCGUCGUCGGGGACGAGGACUCGUUCGUGUUCAAGCCCACGUGCGUCGGCGCGAUCACGACCAGGGACGUGAACGUCGUGAACAAAUCGCGGAUAGACAUCCUGUACGAGUGGGCGAUCCCGGAGAAGCUCGCGGGCGUGCUCGCGGUGUCGCCGGCGUCGGGGACGGUGAAGGGCGGCGAGACGCUGACGUCGACGUGGAACUUCUCCCCGAGAGAGGUCAAGCGGCUCGCGGCGAGGGUGCCGCUCGUCGUCCGCGUCCCGCAGACGCCGAGGCAAGCGCGCGAGGGCGUGCUUCCGGAUCAGGAGCGCGUGUACGUCAGCGUCGGCGGCGAAGGCCUCUCCGGCGCGCUCACGAUGCAGCCGCGGACGUUGACGUUCGGGACGUGCCUCGUCGACAAAAAGGAGGAGCGCACGAUCGAGCUCUACAAUCAGUCCGCGGGGAUGAUCCGGUACCGCCUCGAGUGCGUCUUCGCGGAGGGGUCGUCCGAGUUCGACGCGGACGUGAGCUUCGACGCGCCGAUCGGCCAGAUCAACGCGCGCGCGGUCGUCCCCGUCGUGGUGUCCUUCGUCGGGCGGCAGCGCGUGACGGACUGCGAGUUUCGCGUCGUGUGUCACACCGUCGCGGAUCCGAAAUCGAACGCGACGACGACGAGCUCGUUGACCGCGGCGUCGCGGUCGUCCACGCUGCCGUUCGCGGCCGCGGAGACGACCCCGCCGGAGACGGAGGCGGACCUCCCGUGGACCGCGGCGCGGGCGACGGCGGACUUCCCGACGCUCCGCGUCACGGACGCCGCGUGCGAGGGCGUCGCGAAGCCGCUGCUCUGGAAGCGGCUGUCGAUCAACGCGCUCAACGCGCAGCUGGCGACGCCGCCGACGCCGGCGGAGCACAAGAUGGCGAAAGACGGCGGCGUCGACGGCACGAUCGUCUCCUCGCGCGCGCUCGCGCCGCUCUCCGCGGUGGCCACCGGCAUGGGCGUGCACGUGGAGGGCGCGCCCGCGACGGUGACGCACCUCGAGGUUACCAACGUCGGGACGCUCCCCGCGGAUUGGCGCGUGCUGUUCCGCAACGAGCUCGAGGUGGAGGCGGAGAAUUGGGUCGAGCUCUCGGAGCCCGACACGGAGGUGGACGCGCACCAGAUGUGGCUCGUGGACAACGGCGUCGUGAAGGUGUACCCGCGGAGGGGCCACCUCGAGCCCGGGCAGAAGACCGCGGUGACGAUCACGUACGCGCACGACCACGUCGGCGCGCACUGGCUGACGGCGUUGCUGACGAUCGCCGACGGCCGCUCCGUGCGGUUGGAGCUCGGCGGUCGGACCGUCGCGCUGGACGCCAAGUGCCUCGACCUCGGCCCCGCGAACGCGCCGAUCGCGACGCACGUGCUCUCUCCCGUUCGCAUCGGCGAGAUGCGCCCGCCGACGCAGUCGAUCGAGCUGCGGAAUCCGUGCGCGGACGCAAUACGAUACGUCGUGGACGUCGCGCCGGCGGAGGCGCUGAAUCGCGACGCGUGGGGGUUCCCGGUGUUGCGAUGUCUGAACCCGAGCGGCGUCGUCCCCGCGUUCGGCGUCGCGUCCGUGGACUGGAUAUUUCAGCCCGCGGAGGAGAAGGUGUACGAGACGUCCGUGGAGAUCAAGAUACACGGCGGCGAGAACUCGGUGCUGACGAUUCGAGGCGCGGGGGUCUCGCCGCUCGGCGGCGACGGCGACGGCGACGGCGCCGCGAACGACGGCGCGGCUCUCGGCGACAUCGACCGCUCGCGAUGGAUCGGGUACCGCCCGACGCCGACGCUGCCGCCGGCGACGCCGUUCCAGCUGUCCACGCACGCGUGCGCAUUCGGCGAGAUCCCGUCGCUCGCGAUCGUGCGCCGCGUCGUCGCGCUGACGUCGUGUUCGGACUUUGACUACGACUUCAAGUGGAACCUCUGCGCGCUCGCGGGGAACGAGACGAUCGGCGCGCUCGCGAUCGAGCCCGCGGAGGGCGUCCUCAAUCGCGGCGAGAGCGUCAUGAUCAAGGUGAUCUUCACCGCGGGCACCGAUCCGCGCGUGUUCGACGGCGCCGUGCGAUGCGAGCUCACGCCGACGACGCCGUCCAGGGAGGAGCUCGAGUACGAAGCGCGUUUGGCGGAGGAGGCCAAGACGCGGCCGGUGGCGGUCGCCGAGCAGGGCGCGCCCGCGCCGUCGAUGCCGACGAAGCUCGAGAAGCAGGGCAAGAGCGAAGUGUGGGUCUCGUACGCGAGCAAGGAGCGGAUGUCCGUCCUGCACGCGAGCACGGAGAACAGCGCUAUAACCUUCCCGGAGCUCACCGCGCGGCACAGGCGCGAGCACGAGAAGACGCUGCCCAAGCCGCCGCCGCCGCCGGCGGACCACGUCGUCGCGCUCGGCGUGGAGGGGAUCGUGCAGACGGAGGUGGCGUUCAGGGAGGAGCACGGCGCGGAGGCGUUCGAUCGGCAUUUCAUCCCGACGUACCGACCGGACCCGAGGGUGGAGACGCUCCCCGCGGACCUCACCGCGGAGGACGCCGCGCUCAUGAUCGCGGAGUUGCUGCGCGAGACGGCGCGCGAUCCAGAGAUUCAGCGAGAGUUUGACGAUCUCGAGGAGGAGGAGAUACCGUUCUACCUCUCGCUCGUGGGCGGCGGCGCGCCCGCGCGCGCGCUCAGAGCGCGCGAGUCGAUCGCGUCGCCGCCGAAGACGCCGGACCUCGCGUCCUCGAGUCGCGCGUCCUCGCGUCCAGCGUCCGCGGCGUCCGCGGCGAGUCCGACGAAGCGCGACUCGAGGCCGGCGACGGCGUCGCGGCCGCCGUCGCGCGCGUCGGUCGCGUCGUCGAUCAAGUCGCUGCAGAAGAAGCUCAGCUCGAGGGCGGCGUCGAUGACGGCGACGCCGCACGGGUCGAAGGCGGCGUCCAUGGCUGCGAGCGUCGCGGGGUCGAUCGCGGACGCGCUCGAGAGGGGCGCCGCCGCGGAGGCUUCGCCUCGCGCGCCGACGCCGACGCCGACGCCGACGCCGUUCGACGCGGAGGCGGCUAAGGCUGAGGCGAACCCGGAGUUCCGCACGCUCGCGGAGUGGGCGCUGGAGGAGACGCUGUAUAACGUGGUGCGGGAGUUGCACGCGGACGCGGAGGACGCGCGACGGGGGUACGAAGACGACGACGAGGCGUAUUAGACUCGCGCGCGGUUGUCGGUCGUUCGUUCGUUUUUAAACGUCGGUCGUUUUUAAACUCGUCGUCAACGCGUGUUCUU